AUGGCGCUGACCAAGUCCGUCUACAAUCUGCUCUUCAGGAGAACGUCCACUUUCGCUAUAACCAUCAUGGUUGGAGCAGUCUUCUUUGAACGACUAUUCGACCAAGGUGGUGACGCCAUUUUUGAGCAAUUGAAUCGCGGGAAACUAUGGAAACACAUCCAGCACAAUUACGAGAACAAAGACGAGGAAUAGGACGCGGCCCCGGGUUAUCUAAGGCUGAAGUGCAACUGUUGUCACACUUCCUUUAUCCAUUCUCCCUGGACUCCACACCUGAACCAGUCAUCAGUCAACAUGGACAAUGUGCUCAAAGGCAUGCCCAGGCUGGCAGCGGCUACCAGAGGACCCGUGGGAGCUGAUUGACUGUCCAGACCACCAUGAAGAUGGAGCAAUGGUCCUGUCACCUCGUCCCACCCUCCUGUUAUUUGUAAUGCCUUCGUUCUCCUCACAGAUUGUAAAUGGUUAAAUUAAACAUGUAUUAAUGUCUGAAAAA